AUGGCAUCCGGUUCAGAGGCUCAGUUUGUGCAGUCGCUUGAUGAAAUGCUGCAAUGUAUGAUCUGCUAUGAUCGUGUCAACGACCCUAGGCUUUGCGCUCAGUGCUCAAAAUUGUUUUGCCACUCCUGUCUGCGCCAGUGGCUGCAGAAAGCACUAAGUGAAAAUGGCAAUCCGGCAUGUCCUAAUUGUAAAUGUUCGGGUCAAAUUGAAGACUUUGUGCCCAUGCGAGACGGUAGCAUGAUAGGCGCAUGUAAAGCCUUCGUUGACGAGAACAUUGCAUCGGAUCGUUCGGACGUCGAUGCAACACAACUAGAGCACGCAGACGCGGAAAAGGUUCAGCAGCGGCUGCGUAAGCUGCUGCUAGAAACGGAAGCAGUGUACAUUGAAUCCGAACAUCGCGUUACGCACGAACUCGAAAAACAACGCACACUGUUUAACCAAGCCAAAAACAACCUGAUCAAAACUAUAAACAUCAUGGUGCAGCAGGAGCUGAGAGAGAUACAUCAGCAAGGCAAUAAAAAAAUUGCCGAGAUCAACGCAUGGGAAGAUAUUUUGACAAAAAAGUUAGAUAAACACCAGCUUACACUUCAAUCGGUGAAGCAAGCUGUCGAGCAUGAUUCGCCGGAAGCUCUGGUGCCAAAGCAAGUUGAGCAUGAGAAGACAUGUAAAAAGCUUUCAGACGAUUUGAAAGGGAUCUCACUCAACGUCAAACCACAUACUUUCAAAUGCCAUUUGAUUCCCGAACCUCUAACAUGGAAGUAUGCCGUUCAUAAAUAUUCAACGGUGCGACGUACGAACGAAAUUCAGUAUUCCGACUUUGUGACAGACGAAAUUGGCAACGUAUGGCGGCUAGAGGUACAUCCGAACGGGUACGACGAUGCCAAAAACACUUCGCUCAGUAUUUUUCUCCAGCUGUACAGCGGCAUCGAGGGACAGUAUCAUUACUCGUUUGAGCUCCUCAGCAUCACUGGUAAUCAUUACUACGAGGAUGAAACCUAUUUUGAGCUACGAAAAGGCUGGGGCCAAAACCAUUUCAUCGAUCUCAAGUCACUGCAGGAAUCGUUCCUAGUGGACGAUGGGUUUGAGCUGAACUUUAGCAUUCGUUCUCUGAACCUAAUCGACCAAUAUGAAAAAAUGAAAAAGCGUGCCGAUCUGUUGGCAACCGAAGUUGAGCAGCUGAAAAAGGUGUCUAGGCCAGAUUGUCUGGCCCAGGUGGUCACCCUGCGCAAUGUGGUGGAAGCAACAAAGUCUGGCACCUGUCUUUAUUCGGAUGUUCUUAGCGACGAUCUCGGUGGACGCUGGCGGCUGCAAGUCUACCCGGGUGGCAAUGGUGAAUGCAAGGGUCAAUUUGUUAGCAUUUUUCUCGAGCUCUGUGCAGGCAUUCCUAACAAGUACGAGUUCACCGUCGCGAUUCUGCAUAAAAAUGACAAAAAAAUUGUGAGAAAAACUCUCGAGUACUGCAUUCAACCGACGCUACCCUUCGGUUGGAAAACGUUUCUGGGUCGCGAAGAGUUUAUCAACAGUGGGUACAUUCAGAAGGACGCGCUUUCCAUUUGUCUCACGAUCAAACCACCCAGUGCGUCCCACAAAAUCAACUAUCUUCGACAGUAUUUUGAGCAGACCCCAGACGCUGGCGUGCGCCAAGAGCCAAUGAUCGAUGUCAGACCUUCAACCUCGCAGGAACCGUUUGAAUCACGGCUACGAAAAACUUCCAUUAGUUUCGUUAAAAAUCUUUUCACUAAAUCGUCCAGCACUGAUCAACAAUGA